UGUGGGUAGCCCAGUCUGUGGUGACUUCAUUCAGUCGGCCACUGAACUGAGAGGAAAGAUGAUGGUAAGAUGGAAACCAUCCCAAAAAACUUGGCUUUUCAGAAUCUGAGUUUGUUCUGCAAAUUGUGGUUUUCUAUUGCAACAGCUUUCUUUGAUUUUCCUGCUGGCCUGGAGCAUGCAGCUUGGAGUUUUCAUUGUCCAAGCAGAUACUGUGGCUCCUCGCACACCUGAGUUGUCCUCAGAAUCCAUAAAGGAACUUGUUCUAAUCAGAAAGACAUUGGCCAAACAGGCGCAAAGGCUGAGGGGCCUGGAGAUCAAUCUGCACCAUGUCCUGAGCAAGGUGGUUUUUCUAGCCGAUUCGGACAUCCAUGCUCCUCGCAGUUUCUCAUCAAAAGCUGAUCCUUUGCUAGAGCUAUCGGAGCGACUGAAUACAUUAAUGCAGCGACUGGAACAGGAGGCUAAUACUAAGGCAAUUCUAGAAACACAAAUGGACUCUACGAGGCAGCACAAUAAGUGCAAUCAAAUUCCAGAAGUUUCCCCAAAUGACACUGUUCACUUGAAUGUUGCUCAAGUUAAGGAACCCUCAAAAGUUGAGUUCUACCAGCCUGAAAAAUCCGAUUGCUUCGAAUUAGACGAGCGAGUGGAUGGCGUCUAUAGGUUUCUGGUUCCGGAAAGGAAUGAACUCCAGCGAGACUUUUAUGAGCGGUACUGUGCAUUCGCCACGGACGGACCCGCCUGGACGGUGAUCCAGAACAGAGGAGUCUUCGAUCCCGCGGAGAACUUCAAUCGCAGCUGGGACGAGUACCGUGCGGGCUUUGGCCAUCUGUCCAGGGAUUUCUGGUUCGGCAAUGAGUUCACGCACAAGAUUCUCUAUCGCGACGAUCACGAGUUGCGCGUGGAGCUGGGCUAUAAUCAGGGGGAAGAGUUCCCGGAUUGGGCGGAGUACUCUCUGUUCCGGCUGGACAGCGAGGGCUACAACUAUCAGCUAGCGGUGGACGGUGUCUUCCGGGGUUCGCUGCCCGACGCCCUGGAGCCGCACAUUCACCUGGACUUUAGCACAUACGAUCGCCGGAACGAUGGCCAAUCCGCCGGAAAUUCCUCCUGCGCCGAGCACUACGGCGGCGGAUGGUGGCUCGAUCGCUGCACCAGGUCCAAUCUAAAUGGCGAGCACGGUAACCAGAGAGCUGGUCCGGCCAUCCUCUGGUCGUAUUGGGGGACUGGAACGGACACUCCGAAAACCUCGCGCAUGAUGAUACGGCCCGUAAAUUUCGACUCUAGUGGCGAUCCGGCGAAUAGUUACGAGAAUUAAGCGGCGACGAACUUCGAAAUUUAAAUAGCAAUCAGCAAAUGUUGCUUGAACGUUACCGAUAGGUGGCCCUGCAAGUGGAAGGUGGCGAUAGGUAUCGCAUGAAAUUAAAGCUCCACCGAGGGGUUUCCUUCAAUUUUGAUACCCUUAUUCAAAUAAUAUUUUAUUAAAUGUUUUAUAAUUUGCACUUUAAAUUUGACGACUA